AUGGUUCCUCUCCUUCUCCCCUGCUGUGGUUCCCCUGCUCCUCUCCCUGCUGUGGUUCCUCUCCUCCCCUCCCUGCUGUGGUUCCCCUGCUCCCCUCCCUGCUGUGACUCCUCUCCUCCCUUCCCUGCUGUGGUUCACCUGCUCCCUUCCCUGCUGUGGUUCAUCUCCUCCCUUCCCUGCUGUGGUUCCCAUGCUCCUCUCCCUACUGUGGUUACUCUCCUCCUCUCCCUGCUGUGGUUCCCCUGCUCCCCUCCCUGCUGUGACUCCUCUCCACCCUUCCCUGCUGCGGUUCCCCUGCUCCCCUCCCUGCUGUGGUUCCUCUCCUCCCUUCCCUGCUGUGGUUCACCUGCUCCCUUCCCUGCUGUGGUUCCUCUCCUCCCUUCCCUGCUGUGGUUCCUCUGCUCCCCUCCCUGCUGUGGUUCCUCUAUUCCCUUCCCUGCUGUGGUUCCCAUGCUCCCUUCCCUGCUAUGGUUCCUCUCCUCCCUUCCCUGCUGUGGUUACCCUGCUCCCCUCCCUGCUGUGACUCCUCUCCUCCCUUCCCUGCUGUGGUUACCCUGCUCCCCUCCCUGCUGUGGUUCCUCUCCUCCCUUCCCUGCUGUGGUUACCCUGCUACCUUCCCUGCUGUGGUUCCUCUCCUCCCUUCCCUGCUGUGGUUCCUCUGCUCCUCUCCCUGCUGUGGUUCCUCUCUUCCCUUCCCUGCUGUGGUUCCCAUGCUCCCUUCCCUGCCAUGCUGUGGCUCCCAUGCUCCCCUCCCUGCUAUGGUUCCUCUCCUUCCUUCCCUGCUGUGGUUCCCCUGAUCCUCUCCCUGCUGUGGUUCCUCUCCUCCCUUCCCUGCUGUGGUUCCCCUGCUCCUCUCCCUGCUGUGGUUCCUCUCUUCCCUUCCCUGCUGUGGUUCACCUGCUCCCUUCCCUGCUGUGGUUCCUCUCCUCCCUUCCCUGCUGUGGUUCCCCUGCUCCUCUCCCUGCUGUGGUUCCUCUCCUCCCCUCCCUGCUGUGGUUCCCCUGUCCCCACAUCUCCUCUUACUCCAAGCUCGGAGCACCGCAAUUCCACCAUUCAUCUCCUCUAGACGUGCACUAA